GCACGCGGUUCGUAAAUUUUGCCGACGGCUGCUACGGACGAGGUUUCAUCGACACUAUCGAGGAGUUCUUUCCUGAGCUGCAUUCCCCGGGACUGAGGACGCACAUGGAGGAGGCUUUUACUAGAUCAACUAGUGAUGCAUUGGCCCAGCUUGAAGCUUGUAUGAAGAGCUUUAGGAAGAACUGCGCGCACUGCUCUAGCUCUCGGAGAGGAGACAGUCAUCCGACGUGCCUGGUGGAUAUUUCCAGUUCAAUCAUCGACCUGGCUUCACUACUCGGCGCUGUCAAGUUCGACAGCGAUAUUAAGCUUCGGCCGACUAGCAUGGGUCUCUGGGCUUUUGCGAAAUAUCGUAAUGGGGGAGCAAAUUAUCCAACCAAUGCGUUCCACCAGAUUUCUUCAUUCUUAUUCCACAAUGGAAUCAAUGGAGCUAAAGGCAUCAAGACCAUGCUUAGAAAGAUCGCCUAUCUAUUCACUGGCUAUGGCCACGCGAACGAUAUUUCGGUCGAUUUCUCCCUGAUGGAAGAUCCUGCUGCACGGCCUCAAAAGACACAGACAGCAAUUGGCGUUUAUGGCAUUUGCGUUUUCCUUGAAGGUCUCGUGUCUGCCUCUCCACGAGCUGAACAACUGCGACAUAUCCAUGUCAUUCCUGGUCAUAUUGCAAAAGUCGGACGAGGUCAGGCAAACAUUGCUACACAUUACGAAACUGUCUCGGACUUGGGUGAAACAAUGUGCGGGAUCCGUGAUUUGACUAUUGUUCGCGCGAGCCGGCCAGAACCAUUGGGCGUGCCUGAGCAUAGGACCGAUGAGGUGGUUGACAAGCCAUCCAGCAAUCCUUUGCAGGACGCAUCAGCUGGAGUUGCACGGGACAUAAAAAUCUCCGCCGAAGUCAUCGACUCCAGUACAGGCAAAGAUUUAACAUAUUUCUAUCGGGUGCAAGAGAAAGAUAACUACGCCCUCGUAUCUCCGGGUUGGCUUACCCAAAUUGUGCUCCGUACGACUGGCCUUAUCGAGUGUAGGAGAGGUUUGUGCUCGACUGAGUGGCCGGAAACGGUAAACCUAUUCCAAGUCAAGAGCGGGUGGUGGCCUCACGCAAAGAAGUCCGAGGUUGACCAGCAGUAUCCAGGUAAACUGGGUGCAUGUAUAGAUUGGUCACAUAUCACCAAGACAGAUGCCGCCCGCUUGUUGGCCUUAGCGUCAUGCCGUAGCAAAUGUUUUCCGGAUUUCUCACCUUCGACACAGGGUCAGGUGGCACUUCGUAGAGACGAAUGUCUUCCGUGUUGUCUGAGGUACGCUUCCAGACGUUUUUCAAAGUUGAGGGCACCAUAUGGAAAUGCUGGUGAUGUUAUUACACAUCCCCUAUAUCUCCAUCUUAUAUAGCAUGGUGAACCAUGAACUCGCAUUGUCAUCACCUCGAGAGACUAGAUCAAUCUCUAUAUUCUGUUCAAAUCAACAUCAUCAAAAAAUAGAAACCCUCUGGCUUAUGCCAAUGGUGAACCAGAAAAGU